AUGAGGUUGAAGUACUCCAUCUCCCUUGUCUUCAUUGUGGCACUGGUCAUCAUUGAGAAGGAAAACAAUAUUAUCUCACGGUAAACCUAAGCCCAUCUCCAUGAUCAACAGAGAGAGAGAGCGAGAGAGAGAGAGAGAGAGAGAGAGAGAGAGAGAGAGAGAGAGAGAGAGAGAGAGAGAGAGAGAGAGAGAGAGAGAGAGACAGAGAGAGAGAGAGAGAGAAAGAGAGUGUGUGUGUGUGUGUUAAGCCUGCCUGUUGUACUGAUCUCCCUCAGAUUGGAACAGACUCACCUUUAUUCAGAGCUGUGUGUUUGGAACAUUUGUUUCAGCUACUCACAUGCUGUUUUUUUUCCAAUUUGUCUGAUUGGAUGAAGUAGUCAUGCUGUCAAGGCUUCAAUUGCAUUGGUUGUUUACUUACUUUGAUUGAAUUCACUGUCUGAGGAUAAGAUGGUCUUCUAAACUAUAAAACAUAAAAAAAUAUAAAUACAUUGUUUAACACUGUCUUUUAGGGUCUCAGACAAGCUCACCCCAAAGCAGACCCCCCAGACACCCCUCCAGCCCAGUAACUCUGCCCCAGCCUCAGCCCUGGGUCUCCUGAAGUUCAAUGGCUCCUCCUUCACUACGCUGAGCAAGCUGGACCCUGCUUUCACCCUCAUGAAGAGACGUCUGGAGAACUACACCGAGCAGAGGUCUGUGUGUGUAGCAUCAUAUACUAUUUAUCAUACAUUAAGACAAACAGUCUGGCCUUAAUGGUCACAUGCACUCUUAAAUCUCUACCCAGUACAGCCAGGAGAGGACUGGCCACGCCUCAGAGCCUGGUUCCUCUCUACCCAGUACAGCCAGGAGAGGACUGGCCACGCCUCAGAGCCUGGUUCCUCUCUACCCAGUACAGCCAGGAGAGGACUGGCCACCCCUCAGAGCCUGGUUCCUCUCUACCCAGUACAACCAGGAGAGGACUGGCCACCCCUCAGAGCCUGGUUCCUCUCUACCCAGUACAACCAGGAGAGGACUGGCCACCCCUCAGAGCCUGGUUCCUCUCUACCCAGUACAGCCAGGAGAGGACUGGCCACCCCUCAGAACCUGUUUCCUCUCUACCCAGUACAGCCAGGAUAGGACUGGCCACCCCUCAGAGGCUGGUUCCUCUCUACCAUGUACAGCAAGGAUAGGACUGGCCACCCCUCAGAGCCUGGUUCCUCUCUACCCUGCAUAGCCAGGAGAGGACUGGCCACCCCUCAGAGCCUGGUUCCUCUCUACCCAGUACAGCCAGAAGAGGACUGGUCACCCCUUGGAACCUGGUUCCUCUCUACCCAGUACAGCCAGGAGAGGACUGGCCACCCCUCAGAACCUGUUUCCUCUCUACCCAGUACAGCCAGGAGGGGACUGGCCACCCCUCAGAGCCUGGUUCCUCUCUACCCAGUACAGCCAGGAGAGGACUGGCCACCCCUCAGAGCCUGGUUCCUCUCUACCCAGUACAGCCAGGAGAGGACUGGCCACCCCUCAGAGCCUGGUUCCUCUCUACCCAGUACAGCCAGGAGGGGACUGGCCACCCCUCAGAGCCUGGUUCCUCUCUACCCAGUACAGCCAGGAGAGGACUGGCCACCCCUCAGAGCCUGGUUCCUCUCUACCCAGUACAGCCAGGAGAGGACUGGCCACCCCUCAGAGCCUGGUUCCUCUCUACCCAGUACAGCCAGGAGAGGACUGGCCACCCCUCAGAGCCUGGUUCCUCUCUACCCUGCAUAGCCAAGAGAGGACUGGAUACCCCUCAGAGCCUGGUUCCUCUCUAAGUUUCUUCCUAGGUUCUUGCCAUCUAGGGUGUUUUUCCUAGACACUGUGCUUCUGCCUCUCCAUUGCUUGCUUUUUGGGGUUUUAGGCUGGGUAUCUGUAAAGCACUUUGUGACAACUGUUGACGUAAAAAGGGCUUCAUCAAAUAAAUGUGAUUGAUUGAUUGAUACUACAUUACCUAUAAUGCUGUGUGUAACAUAUCCUGUUUUGUCUCAGUAAAGAUGUUCCUUAAGCUAGCAUAAUGGUGUCCCCACUCCUGAUCUGUAUUUAUAUGUGUGGUGUCCAAGGGGUUGGGAAUAACGUUUUUUUUAAAAAAUGUAUCCGAUCCGAUUGACAUUGGACAAUACAUUUUUGUAAUUUGUACUGUAUUGUAGGUCAGAGGUCAUAGGAUCAGCAGGAAACAGAAAGCACAUCCUCCUAUUGGCCACCACGCGGACAGGCUCCUCCUUCGUGGGCGAGUUCUUCAACCAGCAGGGCGACAACAUGUUCUACCUGUUCGAGCCGCUGUGGCACGUCGAGAGAUCGCUGACGUUAGAGACCGGCGGGACCAAUGCCACGGCCGCCGCCCGGGCCUACCGAGAAGUCCUCCAGGGGCUCUUCCUGUGCGACUUCACCCCUCUGGAGAGCUUUAUUGACCCACUUCCUGUAGACCACGUCACCUCAGCCCUGUUCAGGAGAGAAUCUAGCAGCUCUCUCUGUGAGGAGUCCGUCUGUAGCCCGUUUGUUAAGAAAGUAUUUGAGCGCUACCACUGCCGGACCAGGAAGUGUGGUCCCCUCAACCUGACCAUGGCGUCCGAGUCAUGCCAGCAGAAGGAGCACAGGGCCAUUAAAUCCGUCCGGGUGCGUCAGCUGGAGACCCUGAGACCCCUCGCUGAGGACCCUCGUCUGGAUAUCAAGUUCAUCCAGCUGGUGAGGGACCCCAGGGCGGUUCUGGCCUCGCGCAUGGUGGCCUUCUCUGCAAAGUACAACAACUGGAAGAAGUGGGCCGUGGACGGGGACGUGCCCAUUGACGACGACGAGGUGAGGAAGCUGAAAGGGAACUGCGACAACAUCAGGAUGUCUGCGGAGGUGGGCCUGAGGCAGCCGUCGUGGCUGAGGCGGAGGUACAUGCUAGUGCGGUACGAGGAUAUCGCUAGAUUCCCUAUGAGGAAGGCAGCGGAGAUGUACAAGUUCACCGGGAUCCCGUUCACUCCUCAGGUGAAAGACUGGGUACUAAAGAACACCCAGGCUUCCAAUGAGACAAGCGGAGUUUAUUCAACACAGAAGAACUCCUCCGAGCAAGUAGAGAAAUGGAGGUUCAGCAUACCGUACAAACUAGCCCAGGUGGUGCAGAGAGUUUGUGGACCCACGAUGAAACUGUUUGGGUACAGGUUUGUGAACAGCGAGGCGAUGCUGACGGACAAGUCUAUCAGUUUGAUCGAAGAAAAGGUUUUCAUACAAAACUUUUCGUAG